UCUGUCCCGUGUGACCUUGGGCACUGCCUUCCCCCUCGUCGGCUGCGAGGAACUCAUUCCUGGAUAGGAGGCUCGUGUCAUUUUUCGGUCUCACAACUGGUGCGCGCCCCUUUCCGGGCCUGGAGAGAGACAAGGUCUUCUGCCAGCAUAGAUGCUCGCCUGCUCUCUUGUUUUCUUCUUCAGUCCCCGACGGCUCCAAUCUUUUGAUUGCCCGGCGGCCAACAAGCAGCCCUCUGCCCCAACAGAACUAUGUUGGCCGAAUCCGCCCCGCCACACAUCACUUGCUGCUAGGACCAAACCCUCAAGACCGCGGUUAAAACGCAAGCGGGACAAUGGAGGGGCUGAAGCCAUGGAGAGGCGCGAAAAUACUUCGGGGUCCGGAGUGUGUGGUUAGGGCGGAGGCGGGGCGCAUAGCCAGACUUAGCCGCCUUGUUCCUCCCCAGCCCGCGAGGGGGCGCCUUAUCCCCAUGACAACGCGGACAACUCCCCUCACCCCCUCCCCCGGAGGGCAGCUCCCGAGGCUAAUCCGCCCUGGAGACUGUGGGCGGUGCCCACGGUGCUGGAGCCCCGAGUCGCGGGCGAAUUCCCGGGAGGGGCGCGAGCAUCAAGGGUGUCGACGCUCCAGGUGGUGACCCCCGCGCGUCGCCGCUGGGUGACCGGCCCCGAGCGGGCGGUGCGUCCCCACCACGAUUGGCUGCUUCCCUGUGACAUCACGCGGCUCGGGGAAAAGUGCGAGCGUGAGCGCGAGUCGGAGCCACAGCGCCAGGAGCUGCAGGCGAAGCAGGGGCCGCCCCUUGACACCCCGUCCCCGCCCCCGGUCUACGGCCCAUUCGCCCACCUCGCCGACUCGCGAAGCCUCUACCCUGUCCCGCCGUCUGUCCGACGCCAGCGGACCAAGACAGAAGCAGCGGCCACUGCCCACCUGUACCCAGCUGGGCUCAGCAUGGCGAACUUCACACCUGGCAACGGCAGCUCAGCCAAUCAGUCUGUGCGCCUGGUCACAGCCACCCAUAACCACCUGGAAACAGUGGAGAUGGUGUUCAUUGCCACAGUGACAGGCUCACUGAGCCUGGUGACUGUCGUGGGUAACAUCCUGGUGAUGCUGUCCAUCAAAGUCAACAGGCAGCUGCAGACGGUCAACAACUAUUUCCUGUUCAGCCUGGCGUGUGCAGACCUCAUCAUAGGUGCGUUCUCCAUGAACCUCUACACCGUGUACAUCAUCAAGGGCUACUGGCCCCUGGGCGCGGUGGUCUGUGACCUGUGGCUGGCCCUGGACUAUGUAGUGAGCAAUGCCUCCGUCAUGAACCUUCUCAUCAUCAGCUUUGACCGCUACUUCUGCGUCACCAAACCCCUCACCUACCCUGCCCGCCGCACUACUAAAAUGGCAGGCCUCAUGAUCGCAGCUGCCUGGGUCCUGUCCUUUGUGCUCUGGGCCCCCGCCAUCUUGUUCUGGCAGUUUGUGGUGGGCAAGAGGACAGUGCCUGAUAACCAGUGUUUCAUCCAGUUCUUGUCCAACCCGGCAGUGACCUUUGGCACAGCCAUUGCUGCCUUCUAUCUGCCCGUGGUCAUCAUGACGGUGCUGUAUAUUCACAUCUCACUGGCAAGUCGCAGUCGAGUCCACAAGCAUCGACCUGAGGGCCCCAAGGAGAAGAAGGCCAAGACUCUGGCUUUCCUCAAAAGCCCCCUGAUGAAGCCGAGUAUCAAGAAACCUCCACCAGGGGGCGCUUCUCGAGAGGAACUGCGCAACGGGAAGCUAGAAGAGGCCCCUCCGCCAGCCCUGCCCCCGCCUCCACGCCCAGUGACCGACAAGGACACUUCCAAUGAGUCUAGCUCGGGCAGUGCCACCCAGAACACCAAGGAACGGCCACCCACAGAGCUGUCCACCACAGAGGCCACCACACCAGCCCUGCCCGCCCCUACCCUGCAGCCACGAACCCUCAACCCAGCCUCUAAAUGGUCCAAGAUUCAGAUUGUAACAAAGCAGACAGGCAAUGAGUGUGUGACAGCCAUCGAGAUUGUACCGGCCACUCCAGUUGGCAUGCGCCCAGCAGCUAAUGUGGCCCGAAAGUUCGCCAGCAUUGCUCGCAACCAGGUGCGGAAGAAGCGACAGAUGGCGGCCCGCGAGCGCAAAGUGACUCGGACCAUCUUUGCCAUUCUGCUGGCCUUCAUCCUCACCUGGACACCCUACAAUGUCAUGGUCCUGGUGAACACCUUUUGCCAGAGCUGUAUCCCUGAGAGGGUGUGGUCCAUUGGCUACUGGCUCUGCUACGUCAACAGCACCAUCAACCCUGCCUGCUAUGCACUUUGCAACGCCACUUUCAAAAAGACCUUCCGGCACCUCCUGCUAUGCCAGUAUCGGAACAUCGGCACAGCCAGGUAGACAGGCAGGUGUCCUAGGAGGUGCUGGUGUCAUGAGUGUGUACCGGGGAACCACAUGGGCUCACCGGCUGUGGAGGAGCGAGUAGGCGGCCCCAUUCUGAGUUGGCAUCUGCUAAAGAGAACAGGUCUCUUUACAGUGAGGCACAAGAAGCUCUUCGCUGGGUUUGGAGGUAGAUCUCAGCCCCGGAGGGUCUGAACUGGCACCACCUGGCCCCUAUCUGUCACCCUGCCUCAGAAGGAUGGGGGACAAUGACUGGAGUGGGCAGCGGCUCUGUCGAGGCCAGCCAUCAGCAGAGAUGGAAGAACCAAUCGGAGAGCAGAGGCCAGGAGCAAAGGAGCCAGGCUUGGAGGGGUGGGGUACCCCGUUCUGCUGUAAUCGGUGCUUUCCGCCUCCCUGCACCCCCUCCCCCUGCAUGUAGGCUCGGUCCUUCCCUGCCCCCAAUUCCCUCUCCAGGGUGAGAGAUUCAGCCAGGCUGAGGUGCCCUUCCCUGGCCAGCUGUCACAUCUGGAUGGGGCAACUGGGAAACCAAGCUAAGAAGCUGAUACAGACUACAGGGGACCAAGACUGAGUCAAAUAGUAGUGAAUCUUACUCUAAAGAGCACCCCCCAGAGGUUUCAAAUGAAGGGCAGUAUUCUCCUCUACCUCUGCAGGAGGGAGGGCCCCAAAGAAAGAAAAGAAUGUGUGGUGGUGGGGUGAACUUGGUGACAGUGAUGGUGAGGCAAGCAAGCACCUUCAUCUCUCCCCCGUGAGAACCUGGAUCCAAGAACCUGGAUCAAGACUCUUAACUAGGUGAGGCAGAGUUCAUGUGAGGCAUCUGGGUUCUCUUCCCUAACCCCAGUCCUGUGGUUCCUGGGAGAGAUGACACCCAGGGGGCUCUGGACGACAUUUUCAUAAAUGUUCUGCUCUUUCCUGAGCUGUUGGGAGCACUUCCUAGUAGGCCUCAACUCCCUUCAGCCCGUCUUUCCCCACCCCAACCCCAACAAAACUCUAUGGCAAACUCCCUGGGAAGGGACUUUUAUAUAUUAAAAAA